AUGUUAAAAGCAGUUUUUUCUACCUUAUUUGGUGUAUUUCUUAUUAGUGGAUUAGGAGCUUAUUUCAGUCACAAGAAGAUUAUCAACAAGUAAUUGACUAGCUAACUAUCAUGCUUGUCUGAGAAUUUAUUUAUUCCAGCUCUUAUAUUUACAAACUUUUAAAAGACUCUUACACUAGAAACCAUUCAUUUGUACAUUCCUUGUAUCGUCAUAACUUUACUCUGCUUAUUUCUUGGAUAUCUAGCAGGGGUACUGAGUAACAAAUAUUGGAUUAAAGAAAAAGCCUUAAAUUCUGUAAUAAUAUUAGCCUGUGCAAAUCCUCAUACUACUAAUUUACAAUUAUAACUAUGCUAAGGGUUAAGUCAUUGGUUUGGAUUAAUGACUGGAUAACCUGAAAAAUAAAUAGAGACAAGACUAAUUACAACUGUUAUAAUUUAAACUGUAGUAGUGACUUCAAUUAGGUGGACAAUUGGACGCAGUAUUCUAGAAGAGCAUGAAAACAGUUAAAGUGAUUUAGAAAUGACAAAUUUAUCAGUACCAUAAUAAUGUUAAUUGGCUAUGCCUUUGUCUAGGUAAUAGCAAGCAAAAACAGAAAAUUAUUCUUAAAAAAAGUCAUUUUGGAAUCCUCCAUUGUGUGCUACUUUGGUUUCAAUAGCUUUUAUUUGUAUUCCAACACUGCAGACCAAUUUACUUUAAAAUCAGGUAAUUUAUAAUUCAAUUUUUGUACCUCUUUAAACUAUCUCUAGAGCAACCUCUCCAAUUAUAUUGUUAAUUCUCGGGAGUAGUUUAUACUAGAUAUAUUUUGAAAAUUAAGAAAGGGUGGAAAAAUAUGCAACAAUUUUAUGUAUAGUGUUCAAUCGAUUAAUAUUGAUGCCAAUCAUUGGUCUAUUUAUAGCGAUGUUUGUGCAUAGUCAAAACAUUGUUAAUGAUUAAUGCUAGUUGUUUAUGUUAUUUUUAACAUUUUGCACUCCAUCAUCGAUAAAUAUAUUAAUGUUGGCAAAAUAAUAUCUAUAAUCAGCAGAAGAAAUUAUGACAGUUAUAUUAUUAACCAGUUAUUUGUUGUCUCUAAUAACAUUGCCUCUAUGGAUGAUGACAUAUUUAAUGAUAUUUUUUAUGUGA